AUGGUUGUAGAUGGCUUAACUACUGUUAUCGAUAUUAUCACCCAGAACGAAAUUAAAAAUCGCAUUGAAUUUCCAUUUGGGGAAGAAGAGAAACCUAUGAGUCAAAAAGACGUAACCACGAGUCAUGAUGAAAAUAUAGCAGUUUUAAGAAUUUAUAUAAAUUAA